AAGAUUAACUUUUAUUUUAAAGAUUAAAAAAAAAAACUCAUCAUUAUUUACUGUGGUGCUAAAUAAUAAUUGCUAAGUUUUGUAGCAUUAGCAGUACAUAUUGUUCCAUAAUUUACGUCUGCAUCAACAUGGCAAAAGAGAUUUUUUUUUUUUUUUAACAUUAAGAAAUGAGAAAUCAUGAAACACUACAAUAGAAAUUGAAAACUGUUUUAUAGAAAUUGUCUUUUGUAAUAUGGAAAACAGACAACAGGAGAAUCUGAUAAUCUCCAAUCGCUUGAGGUAGCUGAUAUUAAUGAAUAAGUAGAAACUGAGAUGGAACCAGAGGAAAAAAUAGAAUUUGAUGAAAGUUCAGAGGAAAUUCUGUUUGAUCCUGAACCGGCUGGAAUUGGUAUACAAAGAUCUACUGAACAUCCUUUACUUUGUCGCAGCAUUAGAAUUGGUACAUAUAAAGUUAAUCCCGAUAAUGAUUUACCAAAUUUCCCCGUGAACUUAUCAGCAGAAGCCAUUUCCUUCCGUGCUCCAACAUUAAACAAUUCAGAAUAUGUUACAGUCAGUUUGAGAUGUCAAGAUGUAACCAGCGUUUUGGUGCAUUUUGGAGAUGACUUGCCUCUUAUGUUCAUAUUUACUACUACAAAUUUUGGAGAAAAUGUUAGAGCUGCUUUACACUUGAAUUCAUCUGAAGAGUGCUAUUUUGAUCCAGUAUCAACAAAUGAGAAGAUUCAGAAGAUAACAUUCCUUAUUGAUUCCAUGACAGAUGAGCAGCGUAAUUUUCUCAGGCAUUGUUUUCCUGGUGAUCAAAAAGUGACAGAAAUAGACCAGGCAGAAGCUAACAAAAUAUUAGUGAGAUCCACACCACGUUCAUGUAAUAUUUCGGAAGUAUGGUUUGCUAUUAUAAAAAAUAAUGGGUUUAACUGAACAUUCAAAUGUUAUAUAAUAUUAUUGUAAUAAACAAAUUUUAAAAAUAAAAUUUUAUUUCAUUUACCAUUUUGUUACAUUUUUAAUUUAUUAUAAAAUUGAAUUUCUUAAAAAGAAUACCUUUUUGAAAAAACUGAAAUCAAUAUUCUGUGUGAUUCGUGUCUAAAUAUUUUCUUUGAAAUACUAAAUACUUUUUUUUGGUCUAAUGGUAUGUCCAGUAGAGCAGAAGCACACGUAUUCAUCUUCAUUAUUAACUAGUCGUCUUUGGCGACUCGUCGGUUCACAAAUAUUAAAUAUUAUUUUACCAAAAAUAAUAAUAAUAACACUGUUCAGCAAAGCUUGGCGUUCCAGAUUUUCGUCUUAAAGUUCGAAUAAACAGAACUAUUUUAUUCUGAUUGUGAUGCUGCUUUAUUUUUUAAAAAAAAAAUUACGUAGUUUUUAAUCAUAACGGUAAUUCUAACGUUACUUUUCUGUUAAAAAUGUGAGUGAAAAAUUUAUUUUAAUU